AACAGCAGACCGCUGACAAGCACCCGUCAAACGGCUCCUUCUAAUUUUCACUGCUCUAUAAUGAUUGUGUCUCUCGUUUUAUAAUCCACGCGGAUUGUCAGAAUCCGGCUACAUCCCAUCCGGCUCGACGCCAUGUAUAUAACCCUGCUCAAGGCUGCUAUCGGGGCUGCAGUGCUUGCUUACCUUGUUUACCUUCUUUCCUCUCAGCCUACUCUCGAUACAUCCAGCGCAGCGAACAGCACACUUGACAAGAUGUCUCUCCAAGCUAUAUCGCGACAUGUCGUGCAAAAGGUCUUUGCUGUAGAAACCUCGGAGGGUGCGGGUGCCAAAGUCCGGAGGUCAAUUGGCAGUAUGAAACUGCGCAACCUCACACCAUUCCUCAUGCUGGAUCAUUUCUAUGUCGGAGAAGGCGCAGGUUUCCCGGACCAUCCACACCGCGGCCAAGCUACCGUCACCUACAUGCUUGACGGCUCAUUCCAGCACGAGGACUCGGCAGGACACAAGGGAACCAUCGUCACCGGAGGUGUCCAAUGGAUGACUGCAGGUAAAGGAAUCAUCCACGCAGAGAUGCCUGUUCAUGGCCCUGGGAAACCCGAUCCGCUCGGCUUGCAGCUCUGGGUCGACCUCCCCGCAGAGCACAAAAUGACGGAUCCGACAUAUCAGGAGCUAGAUCCGGAGCAGAUUCCAACCGCGUACCCGGAGGGCCCAGACGGUCCCACAAAGGUUAAAGUGAUCAGCGGCAAGAGCCAUGGCGUCGAGUCGCCCGUGCGUCCGCUUGGCGGGUGCUGGUACUUCCGUGUGAUCUUUGACAAGAAGGGGUCGAGCAUUUUCCAGGAUUUGCCUACGGGAUGGACGACGUUCAUUUACACGCUGAAGGGCAGCGUCGUCGUGGGAGAUGACGAGAAGGCACAUGAGCCCUACCACACGCUUGUGCUAUCCGCGGACUCGGAUGAAACAGGCAUCAAGCUCACUGCGACGCAAGACCGUACCGAAUUUGUCUUGAUUUCUGGCCAGCCGCUGGACCAGCCAGUCUUCCAAUAUGGCCCUUUCGUCAUGACCAAUAGGGAAGAGAUCCAGAAGACUUUGACCGAUUAUCAAUUGGGCAAGAACGGCUUUGAGAAGGCGCAUACUUGGAAGAGCCUCAUCGGAAACCGGUGAAGGGACUUUAGCCGACUGAUACUCCUGCUACUGAUGCUCGAUGUAACUUAUAUUGUACCGUAGUUUCUCCAAAGAGCACAUGCGUAGCAUGUAAUAAAUCGUACCUGGGAUGCCCAACGAUGUACCAAACGACAAAGAGCAUGGACGAGACGUUAUUUCGACCUGCUCUUUUUCCGGCCUACGCCUUCGCCUUCACUAUCGACAUCCUGCAUCUCGUUCCAAACAUCAUCCUCGUCCUCAUCCUCACUAAUAUCUCCCUCUGCUCGCUCCUCUUCAUGCUUUGUCUCAUUUGCGCCUGCAUCUGUCUUGCCAUCCCAAAGGACGACCGUCGGCUUGACUUUCAUAUAUAGUUUGUCGAGGACCUCGCCCUUGUGCUCUUGCUGGUCAUUGACCCUGGGAGGUGGUGGGAACGUGCUGUGCAGUCUGAGGAAGCGGUCCUCCGCCGUAGAGACGAGCAGCGACUGAGACGGCGCUAAGGAAGUCACUGAGCCUGAGAGACCUUUGUAACCGUAUGAGAUCUUGCCGUUGCGCAGGUCGAGCGCAAAGAGGUUGCAGCCGUGAUCAGACACAAACACUUGGUGUUCGUAAGUACCGUUCUCGACGACGCCGAUACCACCUACUUUGGCAACUCCCUUGAAGUUCGAUACUGGCCGCCGUGCUGCGCGAGUAUCGUACCUGCGGACAUCGCCCAGUUGGGUACCGACAAGAAUGUGCUGCUGCAAUGGAUUUGAUGACGGCUGGAGAUACGUGAGGCAAGUGUUUCGAACAGGGACUCGGAGGUUCAGCUCGUCGUUCGGCAGGUUCUUCGCUCGCCACAGUUCACCGGGUAAUAAUUGUUCGGUCCGUUUCCUUUUCUUGUUUUGUGCUUCGCUUUCAACAGAAAGAGGCCUCUCCUUUGAAAACGCAUGCUCGGUGCUCCAGACCGACAGCUCUACUUCAUCGCCUACAUAUGCAAAAGUGUCUUCGCUUGAAGACAGCCGCCAGUCUGCUAGCCGCAUGGGCUGCACACCCAACUCGUGCGAGGGGGCAGUGUAACUUUCCGAAAACUUGGCAAGGCGGAGGGCACCAUUCGAAGUACAAGAGUAUACGCCUGUUUUCGUGAAGGCAGAGCCUACGAAUCUCUGCCCUUCCUUCAGCCUGUUCUCCUUCCAUUGCGAGGACUCUGCAGCACUUGAGUUACCCGCGUCCAGCUUCAAGAUAGAGAUGGAACCGUCGGCCCUAAAUGCAGCGAGCAGAGCAUUCUCCUGGUCUACGUGCAAAGCUAAUUUUUGGAUAGUCUUCACUCGUCCAGCAGAUGCAUCGCCAACAAUGAUGUUGCUCUCUGCUUUCCAUUGUUUACCCUCGGUAUCGCAGGUGUAGCGGACAGAUUUUACGGAGCCUAGUUCGUCCCCAGCAUAGAACAGAGGCAUUUUUGUGGUCGGCCGUCGGUCAAAGCAAAGUGAGGGCAGAGCAGGUUGCUAGACGCUCUGUACUG